AUGUCGAGCGAGGCGGACCUUAUCGCAAAGACGGCAGCAUACUUUACCGCGUGGAACUGUCACGACAUCGCCGCGUUGCGUACACUGUUCAGUACGCAUAUCGAGCUGCAUGAUUGGAACGUGAGAGUCACAGGAAAAGAGGAAGUGAUAACAGCGAAUGCCGAUCUUUUCGAUGCCUUUCCGAACGUCUCCAUAGAUAUCGUAGACACCCUCGUCUGCGUUUCUAAACGCGCCGUCACGUGUGAAAUCAUCGUGCAUCUGAACGACGCGGCGAACGCGACGUUGAUCGUGGUGGAUGUACUCAGGUUUAACAAGGAGAGCGAGAUAAGCAGCGUUUGCGCGUACAAGUUGUGA